UCUCCCUCCCGCCAUUACAGCGACAAGGCAAUACAAAAAGAGUGAGCGACCGACCGGCUACGUAGCGGUGCCGCCCCUUUGCUUUGCACUUGAGUGAGCGCGGGGGAAUCGGCCCGAGGCGGGGAAGCGGCUUCAUGGGCGAGUGGCCGACUGCGGCCGCUUUGCUGGCUCUCGGGAAGGGAGAAGGCGGAAGGAUGGCGGAAACUGCGGGGAGAGCUCUCAAGCCGCAACUGCAGCGGCGCCGUUAUUCCGCGCCGCGAUUAUAGCUGCUGGAGCCUUUCCUGUCACUGCUUCUAGUAUCCCGCAGAGGUAGAAGCACCUUCGCAGCCCCGGGGCCGCUAGCUGAAUUACCGCUUCCUGGUGGUGCUUUGGCUUUCGGGCUGGAAGGACGAGCGGUGGACGUUUCUUCUUUACUCCGUCUCGCCGGCGGAUCCCACUGAAAGGAACUGCGGGAUAAGACAGAAGAAAGAGAAGGUGGUAGCGAAGGACGGACCAUGGGCGCUAAGCAGAGCGGCCCGGCGGCCACCAACGGCCGAACGCGGGCUUACUCCGGGGGAGACUUGCCGUCGGGCGGCGGCGGCAGCAGCGUUAAUGGGAUGGGCGGCCGGCCGAUAGGCAGAGCGAUGCGGUACACACACCUGGCGCCUGGAGCGCACCACGCAGCCUCUGGCUCCUCGAUGAGCAGUGGGGCGGCGACGGCGGCUCCCCCUUUGGCAGCCCCCAGGAGUAGGUCUUUGGGUGGGCCAACCACUUCCGGGACUCGAACGGCUCAUUCUGCCUUCAACAUCCCCAAUAGCAGCGGCCUCUAUGGCUCCCAAGACUCGGUCAGCAGCACUCCCGAGGAAGUGGGGCGGGAACGAGCCACCGCGAGUGGACGCGCAGAAGGACCCGGCGAGAGAAGCGGAGGACCCCGGCUAGUUAUCGGCUCGCUGCCCGCGCAUCUUUCGCCUCAUCUUUUUGGAGGAUUUAAAUGCCCAGUUUGUUCCAAGUCUGUAUCUUCAGAAGAAAUGGAUUUACAUCUUGUGAUGUGUUUGACAAAACCAAGGAUAACCUAUAAUGAGGAUGUGCUGAGUAAAGAUGCUGGAGAAUGUGCAAUAUGCUUGGAGGAACUGCAGCAAGGAGAUACAAUAGCACGAUUGCCUUGUUUAUGCAUAUAUCAUAAAGGGUGCAUAGAUGAAUGGUUUGAAGUAAAUAGAUCUUGUCCUGAGCAUCCUUCAGAUUAAUCACAAAUUUGCUGUUUUUAAAGUCUCUUACACUGCUCAUCAGAAGUAAUAGAUGUGAAGUUCCACCAUUAGAAUUUAAUCUGAAAGUGAACUUAUGUUCGUUUUGGAGUGGGAAAGAAGAAGAUGGAACAAGCAUGGGACAUGAUGCAAAGCAGGAUCCUCAGUGUACCAAAUGCUCAUGUAAAGACAACAUAGGGAUUUUGAAAAUGCUGCACAUCCUAGAAAAAUUAUCUCCCACAAACUAUGUAGUUAUUUUAUUUUUACAAGCCAAAGUUAAUUUUCAGGGUUUUUUUCAAAUCAGUCUACAGAAACAGAAUGUUCUGACAUAAUUCCUUGAACAGAAGCUGUAUGCUCUACAUCAGUCUGAACAUUAUACAAGGAAGAUGCCAUUUUAAAGUUGGAAUCACCUAUUCUUUUUUCUCACAGAAAGGAGAAAACUAUGAGAUACAGAGAUCCUUCACCUAAUAUGCUGUUCACAUUUUUAUGGAAAAGAAUGCAAUGUUAUUUCUUUUAAUCUUUGAAAAUUUUGUAAGUAAAGCUGUGUCACAGUUCACCCCAAAGAACAAAUGCAACCAAGGCUAAUUCUGAAUUAAUAUUCUUGAUCCAAUUAGAGUUAUUGAAAUCCAUAAUCUCUUCUCAUUUCUGCAUAAUAAAAUUCAUUUUUCUGCUUAUAAAUAUCAGUGCAGCAAUUUUGAAAAUGCAUAAUCUAGCAGCUAUGCAAUUAAAAGAAAACUACUAGGGACAUGGCAAAUAACAUCUUUCAGAAUGGUGCCAGUUGAGCUAAUUUAACGGGUAUUAUAUUUUUAAUUUUUCAGGUAGUUAUUUUCUUAUGCUAUCAUUACGAAGCCAUCUUUCCUUAAAGGUCAGUAAUCACAAAGAUAGGCAAGAUGAAUGUUU